CCCAGGAGACUCAGUGCCAAUACGAUUUAAACAAUAAGAUGGAAUAUAGACUGAGAAGGGCUGAGGCCGAGCGUGAGAAUAAACCUCAAGCAGCAACAGUUCAAACAUCAUUGAGGGCAAUGAGGUCCUGCAACCCAAAGAACAAGAGGAGGAUUAGCUAUGCCGGUGUGAAGGGAAAAGGGCAGCUGAAACUAUCGGUUCAUCUUCCAGAUGGUAUUGCAGUUCACAUAAUGGAAGCAAAGGGACUUAUGGGAAGAGAAUACCGAACCUGUGAUUCAUAUGUAAAGCUGUCUGUGGUUCCCGACCUCAGUCGUAGAAGCAGACGAAAGACCAAGACUGUGCCAGACUGCAAAAAUCCUGUCUUUCAUGAAUAUUUCAAUUUCCCACUUCAAGAGACAGAUGAGCAGAAAAGACUUCUCGUUACAGUUUGGAACAGAGACAGAAUCUCAAGGCGCAGUGAGCUACUUGGAUGUAUGAGUUUUGGAGUUAGGUCAUUGCUUGGAUUGGACAAGGAUAUCAAUGGUUGGUAUUAUCUACUUGGAGAAGAUCUGGGCAGAACAAAGCAUCUGAAGGUGGCCACGAGGCGUCUGAAACCAAAUCAAGGAUCUCCCAUGAAAAAUUAUGCAGCGAAAACCGAGGGCAAAGGCAUUGAGGAUAUGGAGCAGCUGAAGGUGACAAUCCCUCGAGGUAAAGAUGGUUUUGGCUUCACUAUUUGCUCGGAUGCUCCCGUGCGUGUGCAAGCCGUUGAUCCAGGUGGGCCAGCAGAUCUGGCAGGCCUGCAGUCACUGGACACAGUGCUACAGCUAAAUGGGCAGCAGGUGGAACAGUGGAAGUGUGUGGAACUGGCUCACACAAUAAGAAACUGCCACAGUGAGAUUGUUGUUUUAAUUUGGCGCCUUGGUCCUCAGUUGAAACCCGGCUUUGAGAAUUUGAUAAGACUUCCCUCACACCGAUCAAAUUACGAGCUCCAGACGCCACCGAACAAACGGGAGAAGAGCAGUGUCAGCUCAAUGGGAUCGGGGGAUCACAGAGCGAGCCUCAGUAUGGUGUAUGAUGGCACAGAUGGAGUCAUACUGAAUAGCUGGGAGCGACGGCAGGAAUUUGACAAGUGUUCCCAGAAUGUGCCCUCGGUGUCCCAUGUGGCCUCUGGUGGGGACAAGAACAUCAUCAUCUUGUCACCAAUCAAACACGGCAGUCAGAUUCUGAGGCAAAUAUCUCAAGACAACCACGUCAUUUAUGCAAAUCUAGGACGAGAGCAGAGUGGACCAGAGAGAAAGCAGUCGCUUAUAGGAUCUUCUACAGAUCUGCUGAAGUCAACCGUACAAGCAGUGAAAAAUUAUGGAAACUACCGAAACUGUACAAUAGUGAGGUCCCAUAUUGCCCCUGCCAAUUACGCAACAUGCAUGACUCUUCCUCCAAAAAUUGUCGUCUUCCCUCUCUUUGUCCAGCCGCUUGAUCUGUGCAAUCCAGCACGAAGCUUGGUUCUUUCGGAGAAUUUGCUUUUACACGAAGGAAAAAGUCGACCUCUCAAGGUUUGCAUUUUCAUCUACACCGACUUGAUACUUUUGACCAAGGAGGACGAAAGGGGUCAGUGCAGUGUUCUGCAAAAUCCUUUUUUCCUGCAGUGCACAGAGAUAGAGCAAAGUGCUUGGGGGGAUCUCCACUUUUCUAUCACAUCUCGCGGUGAGAAAUCACACAGCACUUUGAGUUUGGAAGCUUUCUCAGCAGAACAAAAGAGGAAAGUGUACCAGUGCUUAAUGGAGCACGUUAUCAAACAGAAGCAAGAGCAAAAAGCAACAGUGUCUGAAGCUGUGAGCAAGAUGCUUGACCCAAAGUCAGAUGACCCGUCCGAAAUGCCAUCUGAGGAAAAGGCUGCCAUCUGUGAUCUCCAGCCAACUGAUGGAGCAGCUGCUGAAAAUGACAAGACUCCAGAGGAACAGACAGACCCUGAUGAGCAAAGAGAGAGUCAUGAAGAACUGAAUGAUGUCAAAUCUCAGAACUUUCGAGUACCGUUCAUCAUACCAGAGGUCAGACUGGACAAGAGCUUUAGCCAAAGUGCUGAGGCUUUGCCCAAUUUUCACAUUGACGCUGCAGAUGAGGAUGAAGAGGAAGAUGAUGAAGAUGAGGACGAUGACAGUGACGAUAGUUAUGUGGAUAGAAAUGACUCGAAGCGUCGCAGUAUGAUUGAAACAUCAGCUUGUGAGAAACAUUGCACUCUGACCGUCCAGAACUCACUGAGACGCCGCACACACAGUGAGGGCAGCCUCCUGCAGGAGCCCAAGACACAGUGCUUCACAUCUGACAAUGCUCUCAACUGCUCGGGCUGUGAUGGACAGAACAUGAAGAGCGACUGGGCUCCACCUUCUCCGAAGACCCUCAAAAAAGAGAUUGCGAACGUCAGAAAUGGUGGUUCCAUGCAUCAGUUAUGCCUCAUCUUCUCUGGCCACAAGCAGCUAUCUGGGGCAGACGCUGAAUGUGGCUAUGACCAAACUGACGAUGGCUUCAAGAAAAAGAGCAAGAAUAUAGCCAAAGACAUGAAAAACCGCUUGGGAUUUCUACGUCGACGGAAUGAUUCUGGGCCGGGGAGUAAUGCUGCCAAGUUGGACAAAGUCAUUAAAACUGUCCGGCCUUCACCUGAAGAAGCCUUGAAAUGGGGAGAGUCUUUAGACAAGCUGCUAACCCACAAAUACGGCUUAGCAGCUUUCAGAGCUUUUCUGCGGACGGAAUUCAGCGACGAGAAUCUGGAGUUCUGGUUAGCGUGUGAGGAGUACAAAAAGGUCAAAUCACAAUCCAAAAUGAUCUCAAAGGCCAAGAAAAUAUUCGCAGAAUACAUUGCUAUUCAGUCCUGCAAAGAGGUUAAUUUAGACUCACACACAAGGGAACACACCAAAGAUAAUCUUCAGAAAGUGUCACGCUCCUGCUUUGAUUUAGCUCAGAAGAGGAUAUUUGGUUUGAUGGAAAAGGACUCUUAUCCACGAUUUCUUAGAUCAGAAUUGUAUUUGGAUUUGAUAAACCAGAAGAAACCAAACGCAUCCUAGAUCUGCAAAGCAGAGCGUUAAAGACAGAGAGAGACUGAACUCUGUGUUUACAUCGAUGGAAGCAAAGGUUUUUCAUUGCUGUUUGGCUCAGACAUAUCAAAACCCACAUUGGUGACUGGAGUAAAACAUUGAAGCCAUCACUGAGACAAGGCCACCUUUUGAGAAACACAGUCAGGUACUGUUUUAUUGCAGUUUCUCGCUUUGAGUCCCCCAACUCCCAUCUGCUAUUGGUACGAUCUUAUUUUAAGACACCUUUUAUGUACUUGUUAAGUGACAACAGCAUGAAGAUUUGCAAAACCAUAGCAGAAAAUCAGUUGAAUUUUGUCUUCCCACCCGCCCUGCCAUAAUGCCGACCUUUCAUGUUUCUGGAGUAGUGAAUUCCUCCACAGCAGCAGAAAAGAGCUCCUUGUUGUGGGGCUCAGUAAUGAACAGCCUCACUGACAAUAGAAGAUGUUUGUAAAGGACCAAAUCACCAUGAACUUUGGGCUCUCAAGAACGUCCGAGUUUUGCACCAUCUCCAAAGACUUGAGCUUGCGCAGCUCUGGCUCCAUGGUGCGGGAGCAGAGACUUGUGAUGUCGUCUGUACAUUUGUACAUAGAAGAAUUGACUUUGAAGAGGUAUCCUAGUGAUUUAUUUCAUUGCACUUUCCUUUUCCAAACCUGUAUUCUUCUGGGGUAGUUGUGUCUUGCUUGGGGCUAUAGCACCAAAAACAAUCUAUUGGUAGAGUUAUAAUAUACAAGGGAAUGUUCAUCUAUUUAUUCUGCAGUCAGAUGCUUGAUGCAUUUCUACUAGAUAAAGUUCCGAUUUUCCUCUCUUACUUUGUUGGAGUGCAAUAUUUCCUCGACUUUCAUUGACUCACGAGGUGAUGGGUGUAAUAUUUGUACAAAUUAUGUGGAAAUCGGGAAGUUAAUUUACAAUUAAUGUUUAAUUUCUCAGCAGCAGGCAGCUGGGGGUUGUUUCCAAAUAUAUAGUUGGGUUUUUGGAAAUCUGGAGUUUGAUAAUGAUAAUAUGAGACAGCAGCGACGGUGCCAGUGCCACAGAUGGUGGGAGGGAGACCUAGCAUGAAUGUCUCCCUUGACCUAUUGCAUUGCUUGUUAAAAGGAGUUUGAAAACCAUAUAUUUUAUUAAUUCCCACUGUUUACAAUGCACAGGAUCUCCUAAAAGCAAGCAAAGGACUAUUUUCAUGUCGCAGUAAAGGGUAAAUAAAGAAUGGUUCUCAACAAGUA